CUCCAUUGUGGGGUAUCGGAUGAUCAUUUAGGGUAAUUUAGGAUCGUCAAAAUUUUGCUGACAUUUUGGUUUCUCAAAAUAUACUUCGCUAUAAACGCCUCGUGGAGUCCUUUAAAGUGUUUUAAAACGUUUAUAAAUGUCAAGGUUCACUUAAGAUAGUUAAUAUGGGAAAGAAAAAGUCUACGGGAAGUAAAAAAAAGCAAAGUUUAGCCAUGGCUGUCGAACAAGCUGAACAAGAAGUUGGUGAAUUGAAAUUGGAUGAGGAUGACACAAAGAGAGCACGAAGCAAUAAUAAAAAUAAAGAUGAAGAAGGCAUUAAGAAAGUUGAAGAGAAAAAUGAAGACGAAUUUCAGUUUGAUUAUACGGCUGGUGAAAAUCUCGGUGAAGAGAAUGAGAAUUUAAAUGAUAUGGCAGACUUAGACGUUACGCAAUUAAGUCGAAAAGAAUUAAAAAGACUGAAAAAAAAGGAGAAAUUUUUACAAGAGACAAAAGCAAUGGAGGAGUCUCAAUUUUCAGUAUCCCAACGCGAACCUACAAGCAAAGGAAAUGUAGAGAAUUCAACAGAUAUUAAGAUAGAGAAAUUUAGUAUUUCAGCAAGAGGCAAAGACUUGUUUGUGAAUGCAAAUUUACAAAUCUCUGCUGGGCGACGUUAUGGUCUUGUUGGACCAAAUGGUAUGGGCAAAACAACUUUAUUAAGUCACAUUGCAAAGCGAAUAUUGAGCAUUCCUCCAAAUAUUGAUGUUUUAUUAUGUGAACAAGAUGUCGUUGCUGAUAACACACCUGCAUUUGAUGCAGUACUCAAAGCAGAUACAAAACGACUUGCUUUGCUUGAAGAGGAGAAAAAACUUACAGAACAAAGUGCUGCUGGGGAUGAGAAUGCUAUGACAAGACUGAAAGAAGUUUAUGUUGAACUAGAAGCCAUUGGUGCAUCAUCUGCUGAAAGUAAAGCAAGAAGAAUUUUGGCUGGUCUUGGUUUCACAACGGAAAUGCAGCAACGUCCUACUGUGCAAUUUUCUGGAGGUUGGCGUAUGAGAGUAUCAUUAGCACGAGCAUUGUUUAUGGAACCAACUUUAUUGAUGUUAGAUGAACCUACAAAUCAUCUGGAUUUAAAUGCUGUUAUAUGGUUGGAUAACUACCUACAACAAUGGAAGAAGACAUUAUUAAUAGUUUCUCACGAUCAACAUUUUCUUGAUAGUAUUUGCACAGAUAUCAUACACUUGAAUGAGCAGAAGUUAUUUUACUAUAGAGGAAAUUACAGUCAGUUUAAGAAAAUGUAUCAACAAAAGAUGCGUGAACAAGAGAAGGCUUAUAAAAGACAAGAAAAGCAAAUUAAAGAAUCAAAAAUGGGUGGCAAGUCAAAGAAACAAGCGAUGGAGGAUGCUAAGGCAACACAGAAAAGGAAGAACGAGAAAGGUGGCGGGAAAAAAUCCACAAAUGAUGAUGAUGAUAUGGAAGCUGAAACUGUAGAAUUGAUACGAAAACCUAAGGAAUAUGUUGUAAAAUUUUCAUUUCCACUUCCUCCUCCUUUAAAUCCUCCAAUUUUGGGUUUGAAAGAAGUUACAUUUGGUUAUCCAAAUCAGCCAAAAUUAUUUGUUGAUCUGGAUUUUGGAAUUGAUCUUAGCUCGCGUAUUGCUGUAGUUGGAAAUAAUGGAGUUGGAAAAAGUACGUUUUUGAAGUUACUAAUUGGCGAGUUAAACAUGUCAAAAGGGGAACUCAUAAAGAAUCAUAGAGUGCGCAUUGGGUUUUAUAGUCAACACGCAGCUGAUCAGUUGAAAUUGGAAGAAACUUCUGUCGAGUAUUUGCAGAGAAAAUAUAAUUUGAACUACCAAGGGUCAAGAAAAACGCUUGGUCAAUAUGGUUUAAGUGGGCACGCUCACACUAUAAAAAUUAAAGAUCUUUCGGGUGGACAAAAGUCACGUGUAGCUUUUGCAGAUCUUGCUCUUAGCAAUCCAGAUGUAAUUAUUCUCGACGAGCCUACGAAUAAUUUAGACAUAGAAUCUAUCGAUGCUUUAGCUGAGGCGAUCAACAAAUAUACUGGAGGUGUAAUAUUAGUAAGUCAUGAUGCUCGUUUGAUUUUGGAAACCGAUUGUCAGCUUUGGGUGGUAAAGGAGAAAAAUAUUCAUGAAAUACAAGGUGGUUUUGAGGAUUAUCGACAAGAAAUACUCGAAAAACUUGGCGAAACGUUAGCUCAUUAAGACAUUCGGUUUUAUACUAGAUGUUUUAACACUUGGAUAAAUUUAUGAAGCUUUAGAGAGGCUCUAUAUGAAUUUAAAAUCAAGGCAAUGAUGAUGGAUUUUCACAGCACUAAAGCAAUUUCCGGUUAUUAGAUAUAUCAAUAUUUGACAACAUCGACACAAAAACUCUUGUAUUCAGUGGUACUGAAGUACAUUCAGUGGUGCUGAAGUACAUUCAGUGGUGAUGAAGUACAUUCAGUGGUGCUGAAGUACAUUUAAUGGUACUGAAGUACAUUCAGUGGUGCUGAAGUACAUUCAGUGGUGAUGAAGUACAUUCAGUGGUACUGAAGUACAUUCAGUGGUGCUGAAGUACAUUUAAUGGUACUGAAGUACAUUCAAUGGUAUUGAAAUAGUUACAUUCAAUGGUACUGAAGUACAUUCAAUGGUGCUGAAGUACAUUCAAUGGUAUUGAAAUAGUUACAUUCUAUGGUAUUGAACUAACUACAUCACAGUAUAGAAAUAAACAGUAGUCCCACUCUAAAGAAAUUUUUAGUGUAUCGCAUAUUUUAUUACGCAUGUGAUUAGCUUAGUGACAGCCAAUCAAUUGCUUUUUUUGACCAAUAGGAGCGCUGAAAUGGCUAGCAUCAGCCAGUAAUUUAAUUAAUAUACAGCACCAAGUUGCACAGUGGAGUGAGACUACUGUAUGUUUCUAUACAAUGGCUGCAUUCAGUGGUACUGAAGCAUAUUCGGUGGUAUUGAAUAUUGAAGUACAUUCAAGGGUACUGAAGUACAUUCGUUGGUAUUUAAGUACAUUCAGUGGUAUUGAAAUAGUUACAUUCUAUGGUAUUUAAGUAGCUCCAUUCAGUGGUAUUGAAGUACAUUCAGUGAAACUGAAGUACAUUCAGUGGUAUUGAAAUAGUUACAUUCUAUGGUAUUUAAGUAGCUCCAUUCAGUGGUAUUGAAGUACAUUCAGUGAAACUGAAGUACAUUCAGUGGUAUUGAAGUACAUUCAGUGAAACUAAGUACAUUCAAGAGUACUGAAGUACAUUCGUUGGUAUUUAAGUACAUUCAGUGGUAUUGAAGUACAUUCAGUGAAACUGAAGUACAUCGAAGAAGCACAUUCAUGUAUGGAGGAUCUACAUGACAAGUUAAAUUUUAUGCGAGGAAUCGUUUUUGAAAUCAUUUAUUUGUAU